AGUUCUGACAGUGACUCCGAACGAGAAACUCAGGUGAAUAAAUAAACUUGUGGCUUGUGACCUUAAUGCCGUUAUAGAUGUGGCUUAUGCUUUUUUCACAUAGGAGUGCAAUUUUUUAAUAUUACUUCUGCAGUAUUACUAGAUUAUGAUUUCAGACUAAUCAUUCCUCAGAGUAUAUCGUAAUCCUAAUUUACAGAGGCCAUUUUUAACAGCAAAUAACUCCUGAACACAUGAUAAAAAUAUGUAAUUUUGUGCAAGUGGCUUAUGCCCUUCUUCGCCAACUAAAUUGAUGUCUGUGUCUUGUGACGUUUUUCAGUAUCCGGGAAUAGCGAUAACUUUUGCAAAAUAGAACUGAGAUUUACUGUCACAAAUAAUUUUAGUUAUUAUUAUGAUAAUCAACUGAAAUAGGCAUUCGUCAAAUGAUGUUUUUUUGUAACAAUAAAAUCGCUUUUAGGUUGCUGUAAGCAGAGGCAAGAUGUUUACUCCAGAAAAACCAAAUAAAUCGAGAUGGAGAAAACGUAAUAUUGAAGGCAGAGCAAGAGUGAAAUCGAAAACACGCAGAAAUCUUGGCCACAGUUACAUAGAUUUCAAAGGUCGACAACGAGAGUCUAAAGUAUUAGGUCCACCAUGUCAGUGCAAAAAGAACUGCAGACAACUGCUCCAAGAAACUGCGUCUACUAUAUUCCAUGCAUUUUGGGACUUGAACUCGUAUGACGAACAGAAUACAUAUCUAUUUUCUACUGUGAAGCAAAUUGUUGAAGGCAGGACAACUCCAAAAAGGGACGGUAGGGGCAAACAUCAAAACAGACCCAACAAAAUUUCUGCAGAAAGAGUUCAGUCUGUUCAUGACCAUAUUAAAGCCAUUCCGAAAUAUGUGAGCCAUUACAGUCGGAAAGUUAAUCCAAAUAGAGUUUUUCUAAACCACGACCUCAACAUAUCUACUCUCUACAAGGACUAUUAUGUUGAGUGGUGCAAAGAACGUGGAAUAGCACCAGUAAAAGAAGAUCGGUAUAGACGAAUAUUCUGUUCUGAUUACAAUAUAGGAUUUAAGUUGCCCAAGAGUGAUACUUGUCAUACAUGCGACUUCCUUAAUAAUCAAAUGGAAGCAAAUAAAGAAAACCUGGAGGAAUUCAAUGAAUUUAAAACACAACUGCAGCUUCAUCAGACGAGAGCACUUGCCAUGCAGGAUAGCUUGAAAAAAGAGGUAUCAGACAAUGCGAAAAAUUCCACGUGUAUAAUAUCAUUUGAUUUACAGCAGACUCUUCCCACGCCUUCGCUAACUGUGGGUCCUGCCUUCUAUUUACGAAAGGCUUGGACGUACAACCUCGGCAUACACGAUUGUGUCACUGGCAAAGGUAGCAUGUUUUUGUGGGCAGAACCUACUGCAAAAAGGGGAAGUGAAGAGAUUGCAAGCAUCCUGCUGAAAUACUUACAAGGUAUAUCUUCCACUAAAGAGCACUUGGUAGUUUUCACUGAUAACUGUGGAGGCCAGAACAAAAACUGGGUAAUCAUGUCUUUGUGGUUGCAACUUGUUCGCGAAGGAUUCUUCAAGUCCAUAGAGCACCGUUUCCUUAUUCCUGGCCACACUCACUUGCCUUCAGAUAGAGACUUUGCCAUCAUUGAGAAGCAUAAGAGAGGAUCUCGGCUGGGAAGUCAACGAACCCUGACAGAUUUGAGAAGAAAAUACAAUGGACCUCUAGCACUGAAUGACAAGAAGAUCAAAGAUCUGAAAAAGCUUCUAAAAUAUAUCCCGCCGAUUAGUCAGCAGUUUUUUGUUGAUAUUGUAGGAAAUACAACUGAAGCAGAGCCAGGCAGUGAACAGCCGAAGGAAGGAGAAGAAGAGGCUGAAGAUAUAGAUGGCGAUGAUGAAGAAGUGAAUUUGGACUAA